GAUCAACACCUCUUUGUUGUUCACAUUUGUCACAAAACAAUCUAGCUCGUAGCUUGGGCAAAGCUCCAAAGUACUUGAAAACAGUCUCUAUCUACCAGCCAUGAGAAACGUUGAUAGCAACACCCUUGUCCGCAAACCUGCUUUCCUCUGGGAGAAGUUGCCGAGGGGGGACAACAAGCCAAAGACCAACUCAACAAGCGCUGCUAGAAGUGGUACUGGUAAACCAAUGUUAUUGAAAUCUGUCUUUGGUGGAAGGUUCAACAAGAUGAACGCUGCCAAAAAUAAGAAUAUCCAGACAGAAAACACAGGUUUACAUUCUACAAGUAAAACUACCACUACAGGUACCACUUCUUGUGCUAGCUGGGACCACACAGGUCUUCCCCAAGAUGCCAUGGUGCACAUUCUGAGCUUUCUACCUUUGCAUCAAGUGGUCCGAGUACGAACUCUGAGCAAGUCCUUGGCCCAAGCCGGGCAGUUGACAGUCUUGCAAAAGCUACAAAAGGGAGGCUUUCUCAACUUGACAUGCCCCUCCGAUGCUCUAUUGGCAUUAGAGAAACCCUCGCUACGAGCCCGCCACUGGCUCUAUUCAGAGUUCCAACGAGCCACCACUGUCAUUAGGCAGUCCAAUAACGUACACAAACGCAACGGCGCCGCCGUGGAGAUUCGCCAAUUCCCCAUCGUCCCCCAAACCGAAACAUAUCAGCGUGUCCAGACACUCUUGUUGCAACCCAUGUUGCAUGCCAAGUACUUGUGGAUGCUAGAAACAGACCAAGAUGGACAAGAUCAUGGAGUGGGACUAGAUUUCCGUAGUAGCUGCCUCCGAGUCUGUGUCUCAGUAGAAAAAUGCAUCCAAGAAUACAGAGCCACAUUGGAAGAGGCCCCCACAUUGUUGUCCUUUGGGAGUGCCCGCUGUUUGGAUAUCAUGCUCAGAAAAGAAUUGGAGACACUUUUGGCGUUGCAGGCAGGUGGACAUGACAUGGCCUGUGUCUACUUCGUGUCCAAACCAGCCAGACCCGAUGCCAUGGAGGGAAGCAUCUAUGAAACUGUGGCCAAGGCACUGGAAGAGCCACUCAUGAGUCAUGCCAUUAAUAUUGAGGGGAAGAAAGUCCUCCAACACCCUUCUUUGUCUCCUUGUUUUCUGGAUCUGUCCCAUGUUGGUUUUGCCAUGCGGGUGCCAUGCUUGGAGAUUCAGCCUUUGUUCCAAAGAUUUGAUACCAUGGCCAAAGAACACAGCCGACAAAAGAUUGUGGAUUUGCUGCAGAUGUGAGAGACUUGACUCACUCUAUCAUAGUUAGCUAGCCAUGGAAAGCAAACUCUAGAAUAGUCCAACAGUUGCAUGAACUAGGCAUGAAAACAAACGAAAGGUUAGAGGCCGGUAUCAUUAUAGCAUUCACAGCACCGUUACACCUAGCUAGACGCAUC